GGUUCCGGACGAUGCUGCCGCAGUUGCCGCCGUGCCGCGCUCUCCUGGCCACGGCGCUGGGCCUCGCCGGCCGCCAUCGGCUUCUUCCAUGUCACCACGGGAUACUACACGCGGCGGGGCGGCGUCGGACAGGACUUCAUCACCUCGCCGGAGAUCAGCCAGAUAUUUGGAGAGUUAAUAGGAAUAUGGUACAUCAGUGAGUGGAUGGCCAUGGGCAAACAGAAUGCGUUCCAGCUGGUGGAACUGGGCCCAGGGACGGGCACCCUCACAAGCGAUAUAUUGCGGGUCUUCAACCAGCUUGCCUCUGUACUUAGUAAAUGUGAUGUCUCUAUUCAUCUGGUAGAAGUGAGUCCUAAGCUCAGUGCAAUCCAAGCAGAGAUGCUGACAGGAGGAAAAGUGCAGUCAAACCCUGAGAACAACUCUGCUUACAUGAAAGGCAUUAGCAAGACUGGGAUUCCCAUCUACUGGUACAGAGACAUUCAGGAUGUACCACAAGGUUACAGCUUUUAUUUAGCACAUGAGUUUCUGGAUGCCCUGCCAAUACAUAAAUUUCAGAGAACAGAGAAGGGCUGGCAUGAAGUGUUGGUUGAUAUAGAUCCAGAAGUCCCUGACCAGCUGCGCUUUGUCCUGUCACCAUCCAGGACCCCUGCAACAGAAAACUUUAUUCAGCCUGAAGAAACACGAGAUCACGUGGAAGUAUGUCCUGAGGCUGGCAUCCUCAUCCAGAGGCUUGCCUGUCGUAUAGAAAAGAAUGGUGGGGCUGCACUGAUUGCUGAUUAUGGUCACGAUGGAACCAAAACUGACACUUUCCGGGGUUUCCGGAAUCACAAACAUCAUGAUGUACUGAAAGCCCCAGGUACAGCAGACCUGACAGCAGAUGUUGAUUUCAGCUAUCUUCGAAAGAUGGCAGAGGGAAGAACAGCAACAUUGGGUCCCAUCAGACAACGGGAAUUUUUAAAGAACAUGGGUAUUGACCUCCGAUUGCAGGUGCUCUUGCAGAAUUCACGCGACUCAGCAACUCGUGAGCAAUUGCUCCACAGCUUUGAUAUGUUGAUGAACCCUAAGAAAAUGGGAGACUGUUUUCAUUUUUUCGCCUUGCUGCCUCAUCACAGAGUUGUACGUCCUGCCGAGAAAGAUAAUCCACAAUCCAAGUCUCCCCUACCACCUGUUGCUGGAUUUGGUGAACUCUCACUCAAGUAAGCUUCGUUACAAAUAAUCACUGUACUAAAAUGUGUAGCAUUGGUAGCUUUCAGCAGCAACCUAUUAAAUAAAAAAAAAAAUUAAGGUUAAAGCCAUCAA